GGGACAGGGAAGCUGAAUCUGAGGUCCGUGGAUGGAAGAAGACUCAGGCUAACAGGCAGCAGGCAACAGCCGCUGAGCCCCGGGACUUUGGACCCUUCCUCCUCCUCGGGACCAGGACGCUAGCAUUUCUGGCACAGAGUGAAAUUGUCCCUAGGCCAAGAGCCCAGGGCUCCAGGCUGCCAUCAGGAUGGUGGGUGAAAUCCCCUACCUUAUCUCAGAUCUGGAUCAAUGAGGCCAUCGGAGAUCCUUUAUAGAAAGAUAUGACCCCAGCCUAAAGACCAUGAUCCCAGUGAGACCCUAUGCAAGGCUGGCACCCAACCCUGUGGAUGAUGCGGGACUGCUCUCUUUUGCUACAUUUUCCUGGCUUACACCAGUGAUGGUUAGGGGCUACAAGCACACACUCACUGUGGAUACCCUGCCCCCGCUGUCACCAUAUGACUCAUCGGACACCAAUGCCAAAAGAUUUCGAAUCCUUUGGGAUGAAGAGGUAGAAAGUGUGGGUCCUGAGAAAGCCUCUCUGGGCCGAGUGGUCUGGAAAUUCCAGAGGACACGUGUUUUGAUGGAUAUUGUGGCCAACAUCCUGUGCAUUAUCAUGGCAGCCAUAGGGCCGACGGUUCUCAUUCACCAAAUCCUCCAACAGACCGAGAGCAUUUCUAGGAAUGUCUGGGUUGGCAUUGGCCUGUGCAUAGCACUUUUUGCUACUGAGUUUACCAAAGUGCUCUUUUGGGCUCUUGCCUGGGCCAUAAAUUACCGCACAGCAAUCUGGUUGAAGGUGGCUGUCUCCACCCUGGUUUUUGAAAACCUGGUGUCCUUCAAGACGCUGACACACAUCUCUGUUGGCGAGGUGCUCAAUAUACUAUCAAGUGAUAGUUAUUCCUUGUUUGAAGCUGCCUUGUUUUGUCCCUUGCCAGCCACCAUCCCUAUCCUAAUGGCUGUUUGUGCAGUGUAUGCCUUUUUCAUUCUGGGGCCCACAGCUCUCAUUGGGAUAUCUGUUUACAUCAUAUUCAUCCCCAUCCAGAUGUUUAUGGCUAAGCUCAAUUCAUCUUUCCGAAGAUCAGCAAUUUCAGUGACAGACAAGCGAGUUCAGACAAUGAAUGAGUUUCUGACCUGCAUCAAGCUGAUUAAAAUGUAUGCCUGGGAGAAAUCUCUUACCAGUACCAUUCAAGAUACGAGGAAGAGGGAAAGGAAAUUACUGGAAAAAGCUGGAUUUGUCCAAAGUGGAAACUCAGCCCUGGCCCCCAUUGCAUCUACAAUAGCCAUUGUAUUGACGUUCACCUGCCACAUCCUCCUGCGACGCAGGCUCACUGCCCCUGUGGCAUUUAGUGUGAUUGCCAUGUUUAAUGUAAUGAAGUUUUCAAUUGCAAUCUUGCCUUUCUCUGUCAAAGCAAUGGCUGAAGCCAAUGUCUCUCUGAGGAGAAUGAAGAAAAUUCUCAUAGAUAAAAGCCCCCCAUCUUACAUCACCCAACCAGAAGACCCAGAUACUGUCUUGCUUUUAGCAAAUGCCACCUUGACAUGGGAUGAAGAAACCAGCAUAAAAAGUGACCUAAAGAAAGUGCAGAACCAGAAAAAGCAUUUUCUCAAGAAACAGGCCUUAGAGGCAUACCGUUUGAAUUCAUCAUCCCAGGGAGUUGCUGGUCCAGAGGAGCAAAGUGAUAGCUCCAAAUUGGUUCUGCACAAUAUAAACUUUGUGGUGAGAAAGGUGGGGAAGGUCUUGGGAAUAUGUGGCAAUGUUGGAAGUGGAAAGAGUUCCCUCAUUGCGGCUCUCCUAGGACAGAUGCAGUUACAGCAAGGGAUCGUGGCAGUCAAUGGGACUGUGGCCUAUGUUUCCCAGCAAGCAUGGAUCUUUCAUGGAAAUGUGAGAGAAAACAUACUAUUUGGAGAAAAGUAUGAUCACCAAAGGUAUCAGCACACGGUUCGAGUCUGUGCCCUUCAGGAGGACCUGAGCAGCCUUCCUUAUGGAGACCUGACUGAAAUUGGGGAGCGGGGCCUCAACCUCUCUGGGGGGCAGAGGCAGAGGAUCAGUCUGGCCCGUGCUGUCUACUCAAACCACGAAAUCUACCUGCUGGACGACCCCCUGUCAGCCGUGGAUGCCCACGUGGGGAAGCAUGUUUUUGAAGAGUGCAUUAAGAAGAUGCUCAGGGCGAAGACAAUCGUCCUGGUGACCCAUCAGCUGCAGUUCUUGGAGUCUUGUGAUGAAGUCAUUUUGUUAGAAGAUGGAGAGAUUUGUGAAAAGGGAACCCACAAGGAGUUAAUGGAGGAGAGAGGGUGCUAUGCAAAACUGAUUCACAAUCUCCGAGGGUUGCAGUUCAAGGAUCCUGAGCACAUUCACAAUGCAGCAAUGGUGGAAGCCCUUAAGGAGAGCCCCGCUGAGAGAGAUGAAGAUGCUGGUACAAUAGUUUUGGCUCCAGGAGAUGGGAAAGAUGAAGGAAAAGAACCUGAAAUGGACUCAGAAUUUAUAGACAUAACAGUUCCUCUGCACCAGCUCGUCCAGACUGAAUCCCCUCAGGAAGGAACCGUGACCUGGAAAACGUAUCACAUGUACAUUAAGGCUUCUGGAGGGUACCUCCUCUCUCUGUUCGUGGUGUCCCUCUUCCUCCUGAUGAUCGGCAGCUCUGCCUUCAGCAAUUGGUGGCUGGGUCUCUGGCUAGACAAGGGCUCACAGAUGACCUGUGGGCCCCAGGGCAACAAGAGUGCGUGUGAGAUUGGCGCAGUGCUGGCAGACACAGGGCAGCACGUGUACCAGUGGGUGUACGCAGGGAGCAUGGUGUCUGUGCUGACCUUUAGUGUCAUCAAAGGUUUCACCUUCACCAAGACCACACUGAUGGCGUCCUCUUCUUUACAUGACUGCAUGUUUGACAAGAUCCUAAAGAGCCCAAUGAGCUUCUUUGACACAACUCCCACUGGCAGGCUAAUGAACCGUUUUUCCAAGGAUAUGGACGAGCUGGAUGUGAGGCUGCCAUUUCACGCAGAGAACUUUCUGCAGCAAUUUUUUAUGGUGCUGUUUAUUCUUGUGAUAUUGGCUGCUGUGUUUCCUGCUGUCCUUUUAGUCCUGGCCAGCCUUGCUGUUGGCUUCUUCAUUCUUUUACGCAUUUUCCAUAGAGGAGUCCAGGAACUCAAGAAGGUGGAGAACGUCAGCCGGUCUCCUUGGUUCUCCCACAUCACUUCAUCCAUGCAGGGCCUGGGCAUCAUCCAUGCCUAUGACAAGAAGGAGGACUGCAUUAGCAACCACCUCCUAUACUUUAACUGUGCUCUCAGGUGGUUUGCUCUAAGAAUGGACGUCCUCAUGAACAUCGUUACCUUCAUUGUGGCCUUGUUGGUGACCCUGAGCUUCUCCUCAAUUAGUGCUUCAUCCAAAGGCUUGUCUUUGUCUUACAUCAUCCAGCUCAGCAGACUGCUCCAAGUAUGUGUGCGCACAGGGACAGAGACCCAGGCCAAAUUCACCUCCGUGGAGUUGCUCAGAGAGUAUAUUUUGACCUGUGUUCCUGAGUGCACUCACCCCCUCAAAGUGGAAACCUGUCCGCAUGACUGGCCCAGCCAUGGGAAAAUAACAUUCAGAGACUAUCAGAUGAGAUACAGAAACAACACUCCCCUUGUUCUUGACGGGCUGAACUUGGUCAUUCAAAGUGGGCAGACAGUUGGGAUUGUUGGAAGAACAGGUUCUGGAAAGUCAUCAUUGGGAAUGGCCUUGUUUCGUCUGGUGGAGCCAGCCGGCGGUACAAUCUUCAUUGAUGAGGUGGAUAUCUGCACGAUUGGUUUGGAAGACCUCAGAACCAAGCUGACUGUGAUCCCUCAGGAUCCUGUCCUGUUUGUAGGUACAGUAAGGUAUAACUUGGAUCCCUUUGAGAACCACUCGGAUGAGAUGAUCUGGCGGGUUCUGGAGAGGACAUUCAUGAGAGACACAAUAAUGAAACUCCCGGAAAAAUUACAUGCAGAAGUCACAGAAAAUGGAGAAAACUUCUCAGUGGGGGAACGUCAGUUGCUUUGUAUGGCCCGAGCACUUCUCCGUAAUUCAAAAAUCAUUCUCCUUGAUGAAGCCACCGCCUCCAUGGACUCCAAGACCGACACCCUUGUUCAGAGCACCAUCAAAGAUGCCUUCAAAGGCUGCACAGUAUUGACCAUUGCCCACCGCCUCAACACGGUUCUCAACUGCGACCUCGUUCUGGUCAUGGAAAAUGGGAAGGUGGUCGAGUUUGACAAGCCUGAAGUCCUUGCUGAGAAGCCAGAUUCUGCGUUUGCAAUGUUACUAGCCGCAGAAAACAAAGUUCGACUGUAGAGGUCCCUGAUGGGGCCACAUCAGCUGAUUUUAGAGGAGGAGGAGGACGCGUCAGAUGAGUUGGAGGAGCCUGCAGGAGAAGGGCCUGCCAUUUCCACAGGCAGCCCUGGCCCAUUGUCCCUUCCAUCUCUGACACAUGAGCUGGGGCGGAGGUUGCUGUCCUGCCUUACCCAGCCCAUGCCUCCCGACCUCACCUGGCAGGCUUGGGGUUGGUUCUGGGUGGUGAACUGAGUCAGAAGAAACUAAUGGAUUAAAAAACUGCCCCUCACCUCCUAAAACCCCAAGGUCCCCAUCAAUGUGUCUCCAUCAAUACCACCUUGGUGCUUGAGACUGGAAACAUUGUAACUUUCAGUUAAACCUGAUCAAAUGGAAUGGGAGAAUGCCUAAGGAUGGAAUUUGUAGAAGUUUCCUGCCUUGUUACCAGAGGGGAAAAGAGCAGAGUUUCCUUCCUGUUGAAGUCCUAUUCACAUCUAUUUUGAGUGUGUGACAAGCAGUAACUACACAGAUCUGUAGCAUGAAAGAUUGAUUACAGUGUUUGGUGAAAAAUUAAAAAAAAAAUCAUAUUAUAUGUUCCAUUUAAUCUAUUAGAAUAACGAGGAAAACAAAAGGUUGGAGUUUCUCUAUAAAUGACAUUUUUAUAUCUUCUAUAUUGGUCACUAAAAUGCAGUAGGAAAUUAAACUACCCUGAAAUGUUGCCUUGCAAUUAUUUUACUGAAGAUCUUCCACUUUCUGUACUACUUCCCUCCACAGACCCUCAUUGCUUUCUGGGUAGACUCAGUAAUAGACCCCCACAGC